UAUUAUAAAUUACCUUGCAAUUCUUCUCAGUUUCCUAAUUUUUUCCUUCUAUUCAUACUCUGUAUUCUAAUUAAGGAAAUGCCUCCCCCCUUCCUUCAACUUGUAAUCGGCUUCACUACCGUAACCAACAAUCUGGUUAAAUAACACCGCUCUGCCUUCUUCUCACAUUGAGUCAAGCCCCGAGAUUUCCGCGUCUUCUUCGUCCUUAGAUCCCCUGAGAAGUUACCAUUACUAAAAAAGCCAUCUUUGCCUGAUUCCGGCUACCGUCGCCUUUGCCCAUGGCGAAGCAUCGGCCAGAGGAGAUGCGGCAACGCGUCAAUCUCUUCAUGAACAAGCUUUCAGACCGCGACACCGAAGCCAUGGCAGCCGCCGAACUCGAAUCGAUAGCACGCAGCCUCACCGCCGACGCUCUACCCCCCUUCGUCUCCGCCGUAGGCGACACUCGCCCAACAGAUAAAACUCCUCUCCGCCGCCACUCCCUUCGCCUCCUCUCACUCCUCGCUCAUUCCCUUCCUCCCGCCGCCCUCGCCCCCCACCUCCCUCGUAUCCUCUCCGCCACCCUCCGCCGCCUCCGCGACCCCGACUCCUCUGUCCGAACCGCACUUAUUGACGCCGUCCGUUCCCUCGCCGCCGCAUCGCCGCCGUCUGUUCUCGUUCCGGUUAUCCUCCGCCCACUCGCCGACGCCCUUCUUCAAGAGCAGGAUCUGAAUCCCCAAUCCGUUUCUGCGUACUCCCUCGCCGCCGCAUUGGAUGAAACCGCGGCCGCUAACGCCGACAACCUAACCGGAUUUCUCCACCGUCUUCUUCCUCGCUUGGUGAAGCUGGUCCGAAGCCCCGCGUCCAAGGCUAAGCCCGCACUUCUGACGCUGCUCGGCAGCGUGGUAGCCGCCGGCGGCAUCGACGGCGACGCCACCGCGUUACAGGCGGUCAUUCCCUGUCUCGUGGAAUUCCUCGCUUGUGAGGAUUGGUCCGCAAGGAAGGCGGCAGCAGAGGCGCUCACCCGCCUCGCCGUAGCAGAAAGGGAUCGCCUUGUGGGCUUUAAGCUCUCUUAUCUGGCUUUAUUUGAAGCCCGGCGUUAUGAUAAGGUGAAGAUUGUGAGGGAUUCGAUGAACCGGAUGAUGGGCGUAUGGAAGGAAAUCCCCGACAAAGAUCUGAAUCCAUCUGAAUUCCAGCCAAAUUCUCUCAAAGCUGAGAAUACAAGUGAAGGUGGUACAUUUUCACUUACUUCAAUAAACAUUUCAUCAUCUGUUCAGUCUUCUUCUCCUUUCCGUGCUAGGAGAAAUAGGCAACCAACUAGCAGAUCACCUCCACCUACUGAAUCUCCAAUUCCUUCUUCUGUGAAGAAGAAGCUCGUUCGUCCAAGUAUUGAUCUGAAACCGAAUUCGGUUGCAUCAAGGAGGAUCAGCCAAGCAAAGAAUUCAGAUUGGAGGAUUGAAAUUGCUGUUCCUGAUGCAGGAAUCAAUGAAAAAGGUGGGAAGAGUGGAGGAGAUCAGGCAAGAGCUGAUGAAAAUGGCAAUGGAAGAUCCAAAUUUGAAGCAAGAAGAGUCCUCUUUGAGAAGAACUGCGAGGAGAAAAAGAUGGAUGCGUUGAAAUCUGGGAUUAAAGUAGUGCCAUUACAGGAGAACGGGAGCUUGGAACUAACUGAUCAAACUUGUGAUGAGCUCAUUGUAGACCAGAAAGAUAGUGAUUUGUCUUUGAUUCGAUUGCAAUUAGUUCAGAUUGAGAAACAGCAGUCCAUUCUACUAGAACUUCUCCAGAAAUUCAUGGGUAGCUCGCAGAACGGCAUAAAUUCGCUGGAAGCAAGAGUGAACAGCCUCGAAAUGACACUCAAUGAAAUCUCGCAUGACUUGGUCGUUUCAUCUUCCAGGAACAGAGAUCCAGCAGCAAAAACAUGUUGCAGAUUACCAGGCACAGAAUUCCUGAGUUCAAAAUUCUGGAGGAGAAGUGAUAGUAGAUUUUUGCCUGAUAUAAAUGAUUCUUCUGGUAAUAGAGCUGCUCAUAAUGUUCAUCAUCAGUGGAAUAAACAAAAGCUUGGAUUCACAAAUCCCCUUGCAGAAAUCAAUCCUUGUUCAAGAGGAAUUCCAAAUAGAUUGCAGGAAAAUGCAACAGGUGAUACUGGAAGCAAGCAUCUGCAAUUUGACUAGCUAUAAAAUCAUUUUCUAUGGAAUAUUAUGCUAUGAGAUCUCGGUACAAAGAAUAUGGAGCCUUCUACAAAGAGUUAUAAAGAGAAAAUUUUAUCAAGUCUUGGUUAUUAAUUUGAAUUUAGGGGAUUAUAUUUUUGCUGUUUUUGUUUUUUGUUUUUUGUGUUGGUUUCUUCAUGAUUUGUUUACAAAUUUAUAAUCA